UACCUAGUCAUGAGUGGAGCAUGCGAAACGCACGCCUUGCUCUCUGGUUAGUAGACAGGAUUAGAAUGGCGUAGGUGAAAGAGAAAUUUUCAGGAGUAGAGAAACGUCGUAUCUAGAGAGAAGAAGAAAGAGAGAUAAGAAUGGCGUCUCCAGCAGCAGCAUCAGGAUUAGCAGUACCAUUCUGGAGAUCAGCAGGGAUGACCUACAUAACAUAUUCAAACAUCUGUGCUCGCCUUGUUCGUAAUUGUCUUAAAGAACCUCACAGAUCUGAAGGAAAACCAAAUAAACCAAAUGGGGUGAAGGAAAACCAAAUAAACGAACAUUGCGUUCGGAUGGAGCUGAAGCUUGAAAGAAGAUGUGGCAAUUUGCAUCAAGUUUUCUUCCAGCACAAAACCCCUUUUUCUCUUAUUUUUAAGUUCCGUCUCUUAUCAGACCUGGUACUUGAAAUUUUUGCUUGGAGUGUAAUGAUACCUUGGUGCUUCUCACACUGUGAUUGCAUUCUGAAAUUUCAGUUGUUAAAAUAACAGGGUUUUACUGCAUGCUGUGAUUCCAUAUGCUUCAGGUACAAUUAGAAAUGAUUCUUUCUCUGAGGUGCUCAAA